GUGGCGUGAGUGUGAGAGAAUAUGGUGUGCUGCCGCUUGAGCAUCGCACUCACCCACCCAGCCCCUUCUCCAGUUUCAAACUUCUCACAAUUUCAGUUCCAUUACGGGUCCAUUUUCCGCACUCACAAACCCACCACUUUAAUCCCCCUCCUCUCUGAUUUCUACUUUCUUCACCAAAACAAAACCCAAAAUUUCAAAGAACAUAUUCCUUGCUUUUCAAUCCAGCGUGCACCAUUCGUUUGUUCCAAAGCUUCAGAGAGAACUCAACUCCCCUCUGUACCCAUUUGAUUUAAAGCUCUCAUCUUUUCCACAGUCCCCCUCUCUUAGCUUUUCUCAUUUCCUUCCUCAAGGAAUGAAAGUCUUUUGGGGCCAAAGCAGUGUUCUUUAUUCUUAUAUUCGGCCUUUUCGUUUUGGGGUUUCCUCUGCUUUGUUCUCUAGUCUUUUCUUUGCUCUUAAAGAUUGAGUUUUUGGGUUGAGGAGGUCAGUUGGAGAUGGAAACUGCGGUUCUUGAUUCUAUAAUCUUUAGGCUUCUUGAAGUUCGAGGGAAGCCAGGGAAGCUGGUGCAGCUUCAAGAGUCUGAGAUUAGACAGCUCUGUUUUGUGUCUAAAGAUAUUUUCUUGAGGCAGCCUAAUCUUCUCGAGCUUGAUGCACCCAUCAAGAUUUGUGGUGAUAUUCAUGGUCAGUAUUCAGAUCUUCUGAGGCUUUUUGAGUUUGGUGGACCACCUUCUCACUCCAACUACUUAUUCUUGGGGGACUAUGUAGAUCGAGGAAAGCAAAGCCUAGAAACAAUAUGCCUUCUCCUUGCAUAUAAAAUAAAGUACCCUGAGAAUUUUUUCCUUCUGAGGGGCAACCACGAGUGUGCUUCAAUUAACAGAAUAUAUGGCUUUUUUGAUGAGUGUAAACGGAGGUUCAAUGUCAGACUCUGGAAAGUAUUUACAGAUUGCUUCAACUGCCUUCCUGUGGCAGCUCUCAUUGAUGAAAAAAUACUCUGCAUGCAUGGUGGACUAUCUCCUGAGUUAAAAAAUCUAAAUCAAAUUAAGAACCUACCAAGACCUGCUGAUGUUCCUGAAAGUGGUUUGCUAUGUGAUCUCCUCUGGUCUGAUCCAAGCAAAGACAUCCAAGGCUGGGGACCAAAUGACAGGGGAGUUUCCUUUACCUUUGGUGCUGAGAAGGUGACAGAGUUUCUUCGGAGGCAUGAUCUAGACUUAGUUUGUCGAGCUCACCAGGUUGUAGAAGAUGGAUAUGAGUUCUUUGCUAAUAGGCAACUUGUAACCAUAUUUUCAGCUCCUAAUUACUGUGGUGAGUUUGACAACGCUGGGGCCAUGAUGAGCGUGGAUGAGUCUCUCAUGUGUUCUUUCCAGAUAUUAAAGCCUGCUGAUAAGAAGAAGUUUGUGUUUGGGAAUAGAGCGGCACCUAAGCCAGUCAUUUCUUGGAGGAAUGGUGUAAGGAUUUCAUUGUGAUUAGAGAUACCUAAAGAAACUAUCUGUCUGGCUGGGCAUAGCUAAUGUGGCAGAUUAAGAAGUCCUCUUGUAGUUUUCAAUACAAAUACAAAUAGCAAAAUCUUCCGGCUAGGGAAAGUGCGAAACAUUUUCUGUGAAGAAUGUCUGGAAUGAGAUACCGAGAGACUCAUUCCAUGUAUGGGAACGAGAAAAGUUGGGAGAGAGUUGGGUUGAAUCAUUUUUACACUUUCAUUGUGUUAAUUGGAGUCUUGCAUUUCCAUGUAAAAUAAUGACAGUUGUAAGAUUCAGUCUGAUCAUUCUCUGUUCUUUGUUCAAACCGUCUUUUCAACCUCUGGUUCUGUUAUGAUCAUAGAGUGAAAAUAGUGUCUUGAAAAUAGUGAGAACUACUCUUCCCUUCUCAUCGUUUUGUACUUGCAAUGGGUGCGUGUUGAUUUACUAGCUUUGACAUGGUUUCCCGUCAAAACUAAACUAGUGGUUCAUUUACUUCC